ACGGACGGGGACGGGGCCGGUAAACACCGAACCUAAACGGUUCUCCUGUGGUUCGGAGAAAAGUAGGAGGCAAGGAUGUCGGAGCGAAAAGUUUUAAAUAAGUAUUACCCCCCUGACUUUGACCCGUCAAAGAUCCCCAAGCUCAAGCUCCCCAAAGACCGGCAGUACGUGGUGCGGUUGAUGGCCCCCUUCAACAUGAGGUGUAAGACAUGCGGAGAAUACAUCUACAAGGGUAAGAAGUUCAACGCGCGUAAAGAGACCGUGCAAAAUGAGGUCUACCUGGGCCUGCCUAUCUUUCGCUUCUACAUCAAGUGCACGCGCUGUCUGGCAGAGAUCACCUUCAAGACAGACCCCGAAAAUACAGACUACACCAUGGAGCACGGAGCCACGCGGAACUUCCAGGCCGAGAAGCUCCUGGAGGAGGAGGAGAAGAGAGUGCAGAAGGAGCGGGAGGACGAGGAGCUGAACAACCCCAUGAAGGUGCUGGAGAACCGAACCAAGGACUCCAAGCUGGAGAUGGAGGUACUGGAGAACCUGCAGGAGCUCAAGGACCUGAACCAGCGGCAGGCCCACGUGGACUUUGAAGCCAUGCUGAGGCAGCACCGCCUGUCCGAGGAGGAGCGACAGAAGCAGGAGCAGGAGGAGGAUGAGAGGGAGACGGCGGCCUUAGUGGAAGAAGCUAGGAAACGAAGACUCCUGGAGGACUCUGAUUCCGAAGAGGAUGCAGCUGCAUCCGCCCCGCCCCAGCCAGCCCUCCGGCCCAAACCCACCGCCAUCCUGGACGAGGCCCCAAAGGCGAAGAGGAAGGUGGAGAGCUGGGAGCAGAGUGUGGGCACCUUUGGCAGCAGGCCUCAGCUGUCAGGCCUCGUCGUGGUGAAGAAAACAGACAUGGAUCGCAAGACCCCCCAGGGCCAGCGGACACCUGCCCUGGGCGCUGUGAAUAACGGGAAGGCGGCUGACCCUGCACCCAGGAUGCCCGGCACCUCCUCCCUGAGCCAGCUGGGUGUGUAUUCAGACAGUGAGGACAGCAGCGGCAGCAACUGAGGCCCUCACCCAGGUCAGGGGGUCAUAUGUCCAGCUCCAGCUGGUGGUUGGGGCAGGAGGCCUUGGCACCAACCAGGUCCACGACCAGACAACGGUGAACGUCCUCCGAGACUGGCGGGGCCUGCGAGGGCUUCAGCUGAGGUUUCUUUCCUGUCCCCCCAACCACCAGCCCUUUGGGACCUCGAGCUGCUCAGCUCAGGCUGCCCCCCACCUGGCACCAAGUUUAGGGUGGCAACAUCCCUGGAGGGAUGCAUCCUCUCUUGGACAGUCCUUGAGAUGUCAGCCAUGUUUUGGGUAUGUGGGUGAACACAUACCCAUCCCGGGUUGGCUCCAUCCCUUCCCUCCACAAAAUCAUCUGGAGCCAAUAAAAGGAACCUGCAAAAAAAGAAAAGAAAAAUACUUUAGCUUUAGCUUGGGAAUAUUGCUGCCCCUGGACAUUCGUCAAGGCAGUUGAGGACAUAUCAAAAUCCUAGAAUUGUGAAUUAUGUAUAUACAGUAACUGCAAAUGGAAGACAUCCUGGCUAUUUUUUAUUCACAAGUAGAAGUGCAUCUUUCAGUUGGUGGACUCCAAACUCCAGUCCAAGCUGCUGAAAAAAAACUUUUCUGUUAACUGUGUCUACCCAGAUUGAACACUGGGAUUCUGUGGGAGGGUUGGAAGCCAUCCACUCCCAUGGACUGUGCUAGCAGAUUUAUCACAAUGGAUCCUUUUUUGGAAUUUUUAAUAUACCAAAUAAGACUCAGUCUGCUUUAAUAAAGUCCUGUUUAAUGGGUGGAAAGUUGGUCCCUAUAUCACUGGGUUGUAACAUUAAUGGUGGCUACAUUAUAGUGUACCUAUGAGAAUCCCACCAAUGUGUAUGAAGACAGGUUCUCUUUGACCAUUUUACACUUUGUUAAAAGCAGUUUAAAGGUGUGCUAACGUCCAGUAAUAUCUCUUUGGUAUAUACCUAAAUGCUCACUGAACCGUUCUUCCACAUAAAAAUGACACUAUUUGAGCCCUGGUUAACAGGCUAAGCAUUGCUUAUGAAGCAGGUGACUUAGCACAUACCAUUGCAUCUAGGUGAGUUGGAGAGUAAAAUAUCAAGAGCACUUUGGUGAGUAAUUAAUUCCUAACAAAAUAACAUCUGGCUUAUUGAGUGUGUUUUAUUUUUUUAAGGAGGUCGCAGCUCACAGUGGCCCGUGCGGGGAUUGAACUGGCAACCUUGGUGUUAUUAGCACCAUGCUCUAACCAACUGAGCUAACCUGGUUUUAUUUUUCGUAGAGAACCUUUUGUAUUUUCAGAGGGUUUGGUGCUGAUAAGAGAUGUCACCCCUGAAACUGGUGAUAGGAUCAGCCUGUUUCUCUCCCCUCCCAAUGUGCAGCGACACCUAUCUGUACACAAUUACAAUCAUUUUAUGGAAUUUAAAGUCCUGUUGGCCUGUACAACCUUAAUAGAUGGAGGGUACAAUUUUAGAGAAAGAAUGAAUAAAAUUGGAUUCCUCUUAAAGAAAUUAGAAAAGCCAGCCCUUAAGGGCAGUAUAAGAAUCGAGCUGGCUUUAAGCUAUACGUAACUGUCGACUUUGAUAAAGGAGAAAGACCUGAAGGUUAACUCAUUAUUGCAUUCCCAGUGUUAAAUUCUGAAGACAUAAACUAGUGAACAGCAGCUGGUCUGCCUUCUAGAAGACAGCUAUAGAAGGGGAAGAUGGUGUCCAAGCCAGCAAGCUCGCUGCAGGGUACUAUGGCAUUAUGGCUGUCCCCCAGGACACUGAAGUUAUUCCACCUGGUUAGGCCACUUACUAAAUGUGACGGGGCAAGUUAUUUAACCUUUCUCUGCUUCAUUCAUUCAACAGGUAUUUAUUAAGCAGCCACUCCGGGCCAGGCACUGUACUAAGUGCUGG